GUGACAUCAUUUCCGGUGAGUGGCAAAGGGUCACGCGUGCUUGCUGAGUGGUCUUUCUCCACAUGUGCGGGCAGAGUUUUAAGUCUGUUUUACAGGUUUCGGCACACAAGACAAACAGAACUCUGACAGCAGAGCGAAUCGGCGCCUACGGAGAUGCCGAAAGUGAAGAAGACGAAAGGCGGAGGGAGAGCGGAGCACAGCCGAGUCGCGAUGGUUCCUCUGGCCGAGCAGAUCCUGCAGAGCGAUGAGGUGAAGAGCAGCGGCCGGGUGAAGAGCCGUGGCCGCCGGCAGGAGGCUGAGGACGAGUACGUGGACGAGCGGCUGUCCCGGAAGAUCCUGGAGCAGGCUCGGAUACAGCAGGAGGAGCUGGAGGCGGAGUGCGGGCUCGGGAAGACUGCGGAGAGUAAAAAGCAGCCCACGACCGUGCUGGGCUCUGGCUCCAGGGACUCGGACUCGGAGGAGGAGGAAUGGCCGGCGCUGGGGCAGGGGGGAGAUGGAGAGGACGGGGAGGGGGCGGCAGGGGCAGAGGUGGAGGUGGAGGUGGACCCGGAGGAUGAGAAGGCCAUCCAGAUGUUCAUGAGCAAGAACCCGCCGCUCAGGAGGACUCUGGCGGACAUCAUCAUGGAGAAGAUCACAGAGAAGCAGACGGAGGUGGAGACGGUGAUGUCGGAGGUGUCGGGGCACCCCAUGCCCCAGCUGGACCCCCGAGUCAUUGAGGUGUACAAGGGGGUGAAGGAGGUUCUGUCCAAGUACCGCAGCGGAAAGCUGCCCAAGGCCUUCAAGAUCGUGCCUGCUCUGUCCAACUGGGAGCAGGUGCUGUACAUCACAGAGCCGGAGACCUGGACGGCGGCAGCGAUGUACCAGGCCACACGGAUCUUCUCCUCCAAUCUGAAGGAGAGGAUGGCUCAACGCUUCUAUAACCUUGUCCUGCUGCCGCGGAUUCGAGAUGACAUCGCGGAGUAUAAACGGCUCAACUUCCACCUGUACAGCGCGCUGAAGAAGGCGCUUUUCAAGCCUGGGGCCUGGUUCAAGGGAAUCCUGAUCCCCCUGUGCGAGUCGGGGACCUGCACGCUGAGAGAGGCCAUCAUCGUCGGCAGCAUCAUCACCAAGUGCUCCAUCCCUGUCCUGCACUCCAGCGCGGCCAUGCUGAAGCUGGCGGAGAUGGAGUACACCGGCGCCAACAGCAUCUUCCUGCGCCUGCUCCUGGACAAGAAGUACGCGCUGCCCUUCCGCGUGCUGGACGCGCUGGUCUUCCACUUCCUGCGCUUCCGCAGCGACCGCCGCGCGCUGCCUGUCCUGUGGCACCAGAGCCUGCUGACGCUGGCGCAGCGCUACAAGGAGGACCUGUCGUCCGAGCAGAAGGGGGCGCUCCUGGAGCUGCUCAGGGUGCACUGCCACCCCCAGAUCUCCGCCGAGGUGCGCCGGGAGCUGCAGCACUCGAAGUCCCGCGACGAGGAGACCGCCGCCCCCGCCAUGGCCCUGGACUAGACGCCCUCCGGCCCCGGCCCCCCGCCUUCCUGCCUCAUCGUGUUCUAGAGAAAUUGCGUCGCUUCCCUGUUCCAGGGCAAACGGCAGAACGUCGUGCUUCCUCUUGAUUUCAACAAAACGCAAUGGCGCCUUUCUUCUCUUCUUUCCUGGAGCAGAAGCAAAUGUUUCCCUGUGGGGGGAAUGGGCCGGCUCAGUCCUGCCCUGGGCUCAGCUCGACUGUGCGACUCGGGAUGCGGAUUUCGCAUGGGAUUGGCGGGGUCUGGGGAAUGUGAAGGGGACGAGGCUUCUGACUGGGAGAGGAGGUCCCGUCUUCACAGCUGGAGGCACCCUUCUCUGAUAAAGACACCGUCACGAAGGGAGUCACCCCGCCUGCCAGCAAGCAAGCGUUCAAGUAGUUGUCAGAGAGUGCUGUGGCAUGUUGUGCAAGCUCAGUGCGUGCUGCUCUUACUGAGGAAAAAAGCUGUGAGUUGUGUAGAGCCAGUUAGCAGAGCUGGGAGGGCAAGGGGUGUUUAGGGCCCGAGGCUGCUGCUGUGUGGAGCUGUCAGCUUUCUAAAACUGGCCAUAGACAUUCCCAAAAAGCCGUCUAGACUCGCGAAGAAGCCCAAGUGGAAAACUGAAAUUGAAAAGACAGCAACUGCAGAACCACACUGUUUGUUUACUGAACUUCCUCACCCACCAGAGCGGGCAUACUCUGACUCUGACUCACAGGCUGCUGGGUGAGUUUCUGCCAAUCAGAACACACAAUGAGGAGAUUUAAUGUAAACUUGCAGCAUUAAAAGUACUUGGUUGGUAUUUGUGUGCAUUGUUUUGAGUUCACGGAUGUAAUCCAACCUGACUCAGGAACUGAACUCAAAAGGUUGAGGAUCUUCAUGAGGGGUUUUCACUGUGUAUAGCACUUACUGAACAACUGGGAUAACAUUUUAAAAGUAUUGAUCACUGCAUACUUAAUUUAUAUACCGAGUAAUUUACUGUGUCUCUGCUGCUUUAGUGGCUUCUUUCUCAUAUUAGGGUUGAACAGAUCCAGGUUCACUAAAAUAGACUUCAUUUCUGAUCAGCCAUCACAUGCUCCCAGCUUAAUCAAAAUGAUCGAUUUCUAUAAUUUUGUGUUUUACUCAGCUAUGUAUUUUCAAGUUGAGAUCCAAGCCUGGUGUAGGCCCUUUUCCUAUACUAAGUUCAUAAUUUGUAUUUGGGACUUUGGUGCUUGUAAUUUGGGUUUGUAGAACUAUUUUAAAAAACAUCUGUGGAGUAUAACAUAACUUUUAUAGAUAGAACCUUCCAGUGACCAUAACAGAAACUGUUCUCAGUGUGUUUCUGCAAUAGAGAAGAGCUAUUUGUGCACAAUGACACAUUCCAGCUGCUCCCAAGACCAGAAAUGAGACAUCACCACCACUGAACAGCCACAAAAUACAAUUCAAUAUUUUAAUUUUCAUUGUUUAAAAAUCUUUUAACAGCA